UAAAUCAAUAACAUAACCUCAAAUACUCUUUACUUUUACUUUACGUCUUUAUCUAUGCUUGCGACUCUAUUUUACAAAAUAGACUGUGAAUGUUAAUUUUCUCCAUAGAACCCCUUUUAAGCAAUACAUAGAAACACGAAUAUGGAUUUCAAAGAAGAGCAGAAAAGUGAAAUCGAGGCCCUGGAAUCGAUUUAUUACGGUGAUUUUGAAAUUAUUUCGGUGGAGCCCUAUAAGUUUUCAAUUCCAAUUAAAACGGACGAUUAUGAUCCCGGUAAUAAUGUGGGACUGUCCUGUAAUUUAGUUGUCACGUAUACUCCAAAAUAUCCAGAGGAGGCGCCUCUUAUUGAGCUAGAAAAUGCAGAAAAUUUCCAUGAGGGAUUUGAGGACAAAUUGGCUCAGCAUCUCCAUGAACAAGUAGCAGAAAAUCUAGGUAUGGUAAUGGUAUUCACCCUGGUAUCAUCAGCACAAGAAUGGCUCCACGAAAAGUAUGAAGAAGACAAAAAAGCCAAGGAGGAGCGUGCAGCCCUUUUACAAAAGCAGCAAGAGGAAGCUGAACAGAAAAAAUUUGAAGGUACAAGGGUCACCAUUGAGUCAUUCUUAAAAUGGAGACAGCAAUUUGAAGAGGAAUUCGGCAUAGACAAAAAGAGGGAGUUGGCAGAGAAAGAGGGUAGAAAAUUAACAGGGCGAGAACUAUUUAUGACAGAUAACACACUGAAUGAAUCUGAUCUGAAAUUUCUUGAUGAAGGUGAUAGAGUCAAAGUGGAUGAAUCCCUCUUCCAAGAUUUGGAUGAUCUGGACUUGGAUGAUGAUGAUGAAGAUGAUGAGGACUUUGAUCCAGACAACUAUAACAGCGAUUCUUCAUGAUAUAAACGUUAAAAUGUUGAUGAAAACUUAGCCUUAAUGCAGCGACUGUAUAUUUUUUAUGGUUUAUUUACAUUAAAUACUAUAGGAAAAGGA